AUGGAUGCUGCUUCUUCUACUAGUACACUGUAUAUUUUUCUAAUCGCUGCUACCUUAAUUGCCGCAUACCUAGUACGCCGAGCACUAAUUCCUUCUCCGCUGCGCCUUAUUCCGGGCCCGCCUGCUGAAUCGUGGUUCAAAGGUAACCUGGGCCAGCUCUUCAACGCAAAGGGUCUGCGCUAUCAUCACGACCUAGUCGAAAGAUACGGAGGCGUCGUGAAGGUGCAUGGUUUCUUUGGCGACGAGCAACUGUAUAUUUCCGACCCUAGAGCUUUACACAGCAUAAUUCUCUCAGACCAUGAUGCCUUUGAGGAGACACGUGUCUUUAUCGAGACGAACAAGGUCAUAUUUGGGGAAGGCCUGGUGGCCACGACAGGCGAACAUCAUAAACGCCAACGAAAGAUUGUCCUACCAAUUUUCUCCACGGCCAACCUCCGAAGAAUAACGCCAGUAUUUUAUGAAAUAGCGCACAAGUUGGUGGAUGCCCUUGCCAGUGACCCCAAUAUUUCCACGGGGGCGGAGAGGAAUCCCAUAGACAUGGCCUCCUGGAUGUCCCGAGUUGCGCUAGAGAGCGUGGGGCAGACCGUUCUUGGGUACUCCUUCGAUCCUCUCGAGACACCGUCAAGUAACCCGUACACGAGCGCCGUCAGGGAAUUAAUACCGACAUUGUUUUCAUUGUCGCUUGUCCGGCAGUUCGCUCCGUUCCUCGCUAAAUUAGGACCACCGUCCCUCCGCCGGAAGCUGGUGGAAUGGACGCCGAUCAAGUCGGUUCAGAAAGUGAAGGACAUGUCCGACGUCAUGUAUAACACUGCGCGCUCGAUACUGCGGCAGAAGACCGACGGUGAUGCGGAGGAUGCCCCCACCAGCGCAGCAGGAGGGAAGGACCUCCUUCGGGUACUAAUGAAAGAGAACAAGAACGCCCUCCAUGACGACAAACUUACGGAAGACGAGAUCAUCGGGCAAAUGACUGUCCUCAUCUUCGGCGCUCAGGACACCACUUCGUCCGCGUUAUCCCGAUUGCUGUAUAUGCUUUGCACACAUCCGGAUAUUCAAGAGAAGCUGCGAGACGAGAUCCGAGACGCUCAGAAUGCAGGGAAUAUAGAUGAGAACGGUGACCUGGAUUACGACAUUCUCAUGUCGCUGCCUUGGCUAGACGCUGUCCUUAAAGAAACCCUCCGAUUAUAUCCCCCUGUUCCGUUUGUCCGCCGCACUGCCACGAAAACGAGGAGAAUACCCUUGUGGCGGGCGAUCCACUCCGAUCGGUCAUCAGAGACGCCUAUAGACUCCGUUGUAAUCCCGGAAGGAACCACGCUCUUCCUGGGCCUUGCUGCGGCAAAUCGUUCGGAAGACGUUUGGGGUCCGGAUGCUAAAGAGUGGAAGCCAGAACGAUGGUUGAACGACGAGCUUAUUCAAGGGAAAGCUAGUGAUGUACCGCGGCUACCUGGGAUUUAUGGCAACGGGAUGCUGACAUUCUUUGGGGGCGAACGCUCCUGCGUCGGCUACAAAUUCGCACAAGUCGAAAUCAAGAGUAUACUGGCGACUCUAUUAUCAAACUUUGAGUUCUCUCCGACGGCCGACCGGGUCGUGUGGAACCUAUCCCAGAUCAUCUCGCCCUCGGUCAGGAAGGAUGUUAUAUCGCCAUCCGGGGCUCGUGAGGUACAGGAGCAACAAGGACUCCCUCUCAUCGUGCGCCCUAUAGUUUGAGACAUUUCUUGGACACCAUAUGGACUGGCUCUUAUACCUAAUCUACGAUAUGCAUGAAUAAUGGACAAUAUACGUAUCUCUUGCAAUGUAUUCCCCGAUGUCAUGAUCAUAACUUUUGCAUAGCUUGCCCC